AAAAUCCUAGUGACGUCGAGUGAUUACGCGCGUCCAUAUAAAAUACUUGGUCGAUCGUUUGCGCCAUCUUAUUUCGUGAAAAGAGGCCGACAAUCGCGCACCUUUGCUAAGUGUUCUACUAGUUAAGUCUAUUGAAGUGAAAAUUAUAAAGCAUACACAAUGGCAGCAAAAGCACCAGCCGUAGGUAUCGACUUGGGUACCACCUACUCCUGCGUGGGUGUCUUCCAGCAUGGAAAGGUGGAAAUCAUCGCCAAUGACCAGGGCAACAGGACAACGCCCUCGUACGUUGCCUUCACAGACACCGAGCGUCUCAUCGGCGACUCCGCCAAGCACCAGGUGGCCAUGAAUCCCAACAACACCAUUUUCGAUGCCAAGCGUCUUAUUGGUCGCAAAUUCGAGGAUGCUACAGUGCAAGCAGACAUGAAGCACUGGCCAUUUGAUGUCAUCAGUGAUGGUGGCAAACCAAAGAUCAAAGUACAAUACAAAGGAGAGGACAAAACAUUCUUCCCUGAAGAAGUCAGUUCAAUGGUUCUAACAAAAAUGAAGGAAACAGCUGAGGCGUACCUUGGCAAAACAGUGCAGAAUGCAGUAAUCACGGUUCCAGCGUACUUCAACGACUCACAAAGACAGGCCACAAAAGAUGCAGGUACCAUCUCUGGUCUGAACGUUCUCCGUAUCAUCAAUGAACCUACUGCUGCUGCGAUUGCGUACGGUCUAGACAAGAAGGGAGGUGGAGAACGUAAUGUCUUAAUUUUCGACCUCGGCGGUGGUACUUUCGACGUGUCCAUCCUGACCAUCGAGGAUGGUAUCUUCGAAGUCAAGUCUACCGCCGGAGACACUCACUUGGGAGGGGAGGACUUCGACAACCGCAUGGUUAACCACUUCGUUCAGGAGUUCAAGAGGAAAUACAAGAAGGACCUCACCACCAACAAGAGGGCCCUCCGUAGGCUGAGAACUGCCUGUGAAAGGGCGAAGAGAACUCUUUCUUCAUCCACACAGGCCAGUAUCGAAAUUGAUUCUCUCUUUGAGGGUAUCGAUUUCUACACCUCCAUCACGAGGGCGCGUUUCGAAGAACUGAACGCUGACCUCUUCAGGUCCACCAUGGAACCCGUCGAGAAGUCGCUUCGCGACGCUAAGAUGGACAAGUCUCAAGUAAACGACAUUGUACUCGUCGGAGGUUCCACCCGUAUCCCAAGAGUGCAGAAGCUUCUUCAAGACUUCUUCAAUGGCAAGGAGCUCAACAAAUCCAUCAACCCUGACGAGGCGACACCUAUGUUCUCAUAG